CGAGGGCCCUGGGUCGCUCGCGGGCAGAGCCGCUUCCCCGGUUCUAGGGGGCGGGGCGGCUCUUUGCAGAGGCUGAGCCUAUCGCUGCCUCGUUCCCUGGCCGGGGGCUAAGCGCCCCGUCUAAGCAAAGACUUUCUGGGAAAGCGCCGCGCCCUGGUCCCCGGGAAUGGGACAGAGGCGCUGGGGCCUGAAGGGACUCGCCGCCCUGCUGGUCUAGUAACGCCCGGGGGUCGAGUCUGUGCCGCCCUCUCGCUGUGUGAGCUUGAUGUGUGAAGAUUUCUCAAAUACAUUGAUGCAACUUUGUGGACUCCCAGAAUGAAAAGUUUGGCAUAGUUAUGCUUGGAAGCCAGGUUGACAGGGUUCACUCCAAGAGCAAAAUAUAGCUGUUGGUGGAGUCCGUAGGGUCCAGCUAUACUCAUCCUCUGACAGUUUUUUAGGAUAUUGGCAGGGCAGAAGAGACAGGCAAAUAACAUGAAGCCAAGAAAACUCUUUUUAAUGAUUUCAGAAUAAGAAAAUAUCAGUCAAAUGAAGCAGCCCAUGCAGUGGACGUGCUUUUUAAUCCCAUAAUGUCGGAAGCCACAUCUCCAGAAAAUAAAAGACCCCGGAGAAGCUUGUCCCUCAGUAAAAACAAGGAAAAGAAUGAAAAUAAGAAAAAGAAUGAAGCAGAAGUUAAAGGAGCACCACCCACACCUUCAGCUUCUUCCUCUAUCCUUUCUUUUUUUAACAACACUCCCCCUGCCAAAGUCACCUGCCCUAUGUGCGGGCAAAUGGUGCCAAGGUAUGGGAUCAACAAGCACAUAGAUGAAAUGUGUCAGAAGAACCAUGGGGAUGGUGCAAUGAUUCUAGUUGAUUCAGGACUUGACUGUUUUAUGAAUGCGGGCCCAUCAGGUAUAGAUCUGAACACUAGUUCCAGCCCAUACUUUGCAAAGGAAGCUUCAACUCCAGAGAAAAAUAUGAGCAUCUUUGAAAGCAACUUGUUGAAAAUGAGAGCAGGUGCAGGACAGCAGACUAGUCCUUACUUUAAGAAUAAUAAUGCUCCAAUGUGCAAUGUUCAGAAUGGGCCAAGGGUGCAAAUGGUUAAAAGUAUCUCUUUGGGCAACUUGUCAUCUAAACUGUCCAGAAGGCACCGUAUCCAGAAUAGACAACUGAUAGAAGAAAACAAGAGGAAUUCUUCAUCUCAAGCUGUUCACAGUGUGUGUGACAAUGCUGCAGAAUGGGGUGAUGGAGAGACUUGUGCUGGGGAUGGCUCUCAGAAAGAGAAUCACUUUGUUCUGGCAGGAUUCCAAAAGCAGCAUGUCCCAAAAGACAGUUUAACAAAAGAACUUGAAAGUCAGGGAGAAACACAAGAAUGUGAUAAAGAGACUCUUGUGGGUUCUGCUCAUGGAUUAGUAUCCUCAGUUUGCAUUGUUGCCAGGGAGCUAGUGUCUGCUGCAGGGAACACUGAGAAACACGGUUAUUCUGAAGGCAUGGUGCCUAAUCUUGGCAAACAUAAAACACAUCCAGCAAGUUAUAAUAAAGUAGAGAGAUCUGAUGGUUCAGAAGCCAAAACUCAGUUCUCUGUUAAGGAUAUUCCUUCUUCAAGGACACAAGUGAUGUAUGAGAGCCAUACAGAAAACUGCCUAGUGACAGAUAAUACAGGAACACUUCCUAUGGAAGUUCAUGAAAACUUAAGGAAUGAGAUGAUUUAUCAUACUUUCUCAGAACCUACGCAAGAUGUGGAUUUUCAGAGUCCUGCCAGUGACAUUUUAGACAAAAUAAGUGGUGCAUUUGGUUCUGCGUCUGACUCUUUUGGUCACCCAUAUUAUCUCCAGAAUUUCCUGAUGGUCCUGCAAGUGGUCUUGGAGAAUCAUGAUGAUCUGAGACUCUUUGAUGAGCAAGAUACCAGCACUAUCACAAAGUUCUACCAAUUGUCAGCUGGUGGACAGAAGUUAUAUGUAAGACUUUUUCAACGCAAGCUGAAUUGGAUAAAAAUUAACAAAAUAGAAUAUGCAGAGAUCAGUGCAGAUUUGUUGCCAGUAAUUGGAGAAUUGGUUGAAGCAGGCUUUCUGCAAACAGAAUCUGAAUUACAAGACCUUUCUGAGGGGCUGGACUUGCUUUCUGCUCCUGAGCUAAAAACAUUAGCGAAAACCUUUCACCUGAAAAACCCAAAUGGUCAGAAACAGCAGCUGGUGGAGGACUUUCUCAGACUAUCAAAACAACGUUCGAUCUUCAGCAGGAAUCAGGCUGGUAUUGGGGCAGUGAUUUUGAAAAGGGCUAAGGACCUUUCUGGGAAGUCUGUCAGGGUCUGUAAAGGCCCCCGAGCAGUAUUUUCUCGAGUUUUACUGCUGUUCUCACUCACCGAUUCAGUGGAGGAUGAGGAAGCAGCUAGUGGUGGCCAAGGCCAGCUUUCCACCUUGCUUAUGGUAAACAUGGGUCGUACGGUGUUUCCCAGUUACACAGUAAAUAGGAAAACAGCAAUCUUCCAGGACAGAGAAGAUCUCAUCAGAUAUGCAACAGCUGCUCAUUUGUCAAAUGAUGUAGCCACUGCAAUGGCUAAUGGGAACUGGACAGAAGCUAAAUAUCUCUAUAUGUGUGCAAAAGAAACCUGGCAUGAACUGAAAAAUCAUCCUUCUUUGAGAUGCCAUAGAGACUUACCUGAGUAUCUGCGACAUUUUACGGUUGGGUGGAUGUAUACAAGAAUCCUCUCUCGAGGGGUUGAAAUACUGCAGAGACUUCAUAUGUAUGAGGAGGCCGUGGAAGAACUGCAGUAUCUUUUGUCUCAGGAAGUGUAUUGUACAGACAGCAGAGGACGAUGGUGGGAUCGACUGGCUCUGAAUUUACACCAGCACUUGAAACGCAAUGAGCAGGCUAUUGAGUGCAUUAGAAAAGGGCUGUCAGAUCCAUUAGUGCGCACAGGCCAUCGACUCUCUCUCUACCAGCGUGCACUGCGAUUGAAAGACUCACCAAGCUGCAAGAAGUUCAGGAGCCUCUUUCAGGAGCUGCCUGUCGUAACUGUGGAAGAUGUUACACAUGUUACAAUCAAAGGAAAGAUGUGUCCCCAAACAGGGGUGGGAAAAUCUGUGUUUCUAGUGGAGGACGUUGAUGAUCAAGAGGAAGGAGAAGACUUCACUCUGUCCACAAUCAUGUGUUCAGUUGAGGAGCUGGCGUUAACACAUUACAGACAGAAUGGCUUUGAUCAGGGUGAGGUUGCUUUAACUACUCAGGCACAUUUCAAUCUCUAUCUUUGUUUCCAUGGCUGGAAAUCUGAAUGUGAUUUUUGUCCUUCAGGGAUUCAUGGAGAAGGGUCCACGUUUAGUACACUCUAUAGCCUUCUAAUGUGGGACAUUAUUUUCAUGGAUGGCAUACCAGAUGUUUUCAGAAAUUCUUAUCAGGCAUUCCCCCUGGAUUUGUAUACUGACAGCUUCUAUGAGAACAGGAAGGACGCCAUUGAAUCUAGACUCCAGCUACUGCACGCAGCUUCCUCAGAGACCCUGCAAGAGAUGAUUGCCAAUGUCUGGAAUGCUCAAGAGGGAAAAGCGGCAGCACUGGUUAGCUGGGACCGGUUUACUUCUCUCCAGCAGGCUCAGAGUCUAGUGGCUUGCUUUGGGGGACCUUUUCUAAGUGGUGUAUGUAGGAGGCUCUCCAAAGAUCUGCGCCAUUGCAGAGGGGGUCUUCCUGAUCUAGUCGUGUGGAGUACGCAAGAGCACCGCUUCAAGCUGGUGGAAGUUAAGGGUCCCAAUGAUCGCCUCUCCCACAAACAGAUGAUUUGGCUGGAUGAACUGAAGAAGCUGGGAGCUGCUGUAGAAGUUUGUCAUGUGGCUGCAGUUGGAGCUAAAAGUAAACGCCUAAGUUGAAUAAAACUAUCUCGAACAUGUUGUAUGGGGAGAAUUGACUAUUUUUAAAUAAAUAAAUAAAAUGUGCUAA